CAAGCAAAUUUAAUUUGGUUUGACAAACCAAAAGAGAACAGCCAAUCUAAUUUGUCAUUCUAUUCUAUAUAUAUAAGAGAAAAAUUGCCCCACUAACACUAUCAUACAUACUACAUCAGUACAUCACAAAACCAUCACAGAAUGGCUUCGGAAGGAGGUGAAAAGUCGGACUUCAAUGAGAACCACAAAGGUCAGUCGAGGAGCUCUAGGGUCGAUUUGGUCAUUAUGCUGCUGAGGCUGCUCGCGUUCUUAUCAACUCUUUCGGCGACGCUUGUGAUGGCCCUCAACAAGCAAACGAAAGCUAUAACCGUGGCCACAAUCGGGACCGUGCCCGUAAAAGCCACUCUCACGGCCAAUUUCCGACACAAUCCGGCAUUCGUUUUUUUCGUGAUAGCUAAUGGCAAAGCGAGUCUCCACAACUUGUUGAUGUUAGCGUUCGGUUUUGUGGGGCACAAGUGUGGGUUGUCGGGGAUUGCUUCCUUUGCGAUUCCAGUCCUGGAUUUGAUGAAUGUGGCUAUUGUCUCGGGUGGGGCAAGCUCGGCAGCCUUCAUGGGGCAGCUGGGAAGGCACGGAAAUUCGCACGCCAGAUGGAGCAAAAUAUGUGAUAAAUUCGACAGGUUUUGCGACCAAGCUGGUUUGGCCAUGAUUGCUUCGUUCGUGGGGCUUUUGCUCAUGAUAAUCAUAUGCUCGGUUUUCAUCUUCAAGCUUCGCGCCAAUAAUCAUUGGAAUAUGAAGCUUGUUGUGGUUCCUUGAAGUGUUAUUACAUACUAUCGAUCGUCUCUUGCUAUUUUUGAAUUUGUGGUGUAAUAUGUGUGUACUUUCCGUCGUGUUUGUUUGAAAGUCGUGAUUAAACUGCGACUUAUUGAAGUAAAUAUUGUGAUUUGUUUUGCAGAUGAGUCUACCUUUACUAUAUGGUACUUGGUUAUAAAGGGGA